CUGCUGGCUCUCUCACGAUCGUUAUUUUAUCUUGAGUUUCUUCGCACCCGUCUGCAUCAUUGUGAUCCUCAAUGGUUUUGUCUUCAUCAUCACCGUCUGGAAACUGGCCAGAAAGUUCUCCAGCCUCAAUCCAGACCUCUCCAAUCUCAACCAGAUCAGGAGCUUUACGGUGACCGCUGUGGCUCAGUUGUGUAUUCUUGGAGGAACGUGGAUCUUCGGCUUCUUCCUCUUCCAGGAGAAAGGGACUGAAGUUAUGUUGUACCUCUUCAUCAUCCUCAACAGCCUGCAGGGGGCGCUCAUCUUCAUCAUGCACUGCCUGCUGUCCAAACCGGUGCUUAAAACACACCAUGACUCAGAAACACAUGACAAAAGGAUGCAGAAGUCUCACAGAAUGUUCCCGUGUGAUUCAUGCCAGAUAAACCAAGCAUUCUAAAUAUGCCGAUAUUUGGCAUUUUUAAAUUAUCGGCAUUAACCGAUAAUAUUUCCUCUUUGGCCGAUAAGUGUCAGAAGCGGGUUUUAUUCGGACAGUGGCGGGACAUUUAUAUUGGCAGCACUAAGAAAGACAGCAUCUAAAGCAUGGAUCCAAGCCAUGUCGCAUUCAUAUCAUAUUCAUGUCAUGUUCACUCUACUUUAUGCUUGUUCUCAGUG